AUCUGGAGACUCCAGACAAGCUGUACCUGAUAAAGGGAGACAUAUGUCUCAUCCACGCUCGUACCGCUCUUUACCAGGAGCGAAAGCUUCGAUGUUCUUAACAGACGAUAAGAACGAAGCACUGGCGAUUGCAUGUAACGAUAGGAAAUGGGAGAUCUUAGCAGUUGGAGUGGCAGAAGUGUACAAACCAGGCCCCAGUGGGCACGAUACAUGGAGUCGAGCGCACUGUGGUGUUGUAUGUUUUAUCAAAGAUUUUGCUGCGAAAGCGUUCUUCAUCAGGGUGUUCGAUUUUGACAGAAAUGAUUUUGUUUUGGAGCAGAAGCGUUCUCGCGGCUUCUGCUACAAAGCGCCGCUAUGUUGUUUUCACAUGUUUGAAGCUGACGAUUGCGAAGUAGGCCUUAAAUUUGCAUAUGAAGAGGAAGCUCUAAGCUUUCAUGCUUCUGUUAAGGAAAAACUGGAGUCAAGAGAACGGAAACAAGAAGGUGCAAAUGGCAUUUCCAAGCAGCACCUUUCUAGAAAACAAAACCGCAGAAAGAAGCAAAUAGAGCCAUCGUUUACCAAGAAAGGCAUUGGUUUACCCAUGGACUUCAAGCAUGCUCAUGUGGGAUGGGAUCCUACCAAAGGAUUUGAUCUCCACGAUGUGGUGGACAUGGAGCUCAACAAUUUCUUCAAACGAGCCGAGGUCUCUGAGGAAGACCUUGAAGAUGCCUCAACACGAAAGUUUAUCUAUGAUUUCAUAGAAAAGAACGGAGGCAUCAGUGUCCUCAAAGGCGCCUCAAAUCCACCGGCGCCACCACAAGUUCCAAGCAGAGAAGUGACCCAAUCGUCCCGAAGUUACCCGCCCCCUCCAAGCAGCAGACCUGCACGACCGACACCUGCAAGCCGAGGAGUGCGAUCAAGACAACAGCCGCCCAGUGUGCCACUCGGUAAUGGUACAGUAAUGGGCAGUCCAUCUCCACCACCUCCCCUACCACCAGGGGAACUGGGGGUGGGCAAAGGGGCUCCUCCACCACCACCAGGGGGACUGGGGGUGGGCAAAGGGGCUCCUCCACCACCACCACCUCCACCACCACCAGGGGGACCACGGAUGGGCAUAGCGGUUCCUCCCCCUCCACCUCCACCACCUCCACCACCACCAGGGGAACUGGGGGUGGGCAAAGGGGCUCCUCCACCACCUCCACCACCACCAGGGGGACCACGGAUGGGCAUAGCGGUUCCUCCCCCUCCACCUCCACCACCUCCACCACCACCAGGGGAACUGGGGGUGGGCAAAGGGGCUCCUCCACCACCACCACCUCCACCACCACCAGGGGGACCACGGAUGGGCAUAGCGGUUCCUCCCCCUCCACCUCCACCGCCUCCACCACCACCAGGGGAACUGGGGGUGGGCAAAGGGGCUCCUCCACCACCACCACCUCCACCACCACCAGGGGGACCACGGAUGGGCAUAGCGGUUCCUCCCCCUCCACCUCCACCACCUCCACCACCACCAGGGGAACUGGGGGUGGGCAAAGGGGCUCCUCCACCACCACCACCUCCACCACCACCAGGGGGACCACGGAUGGGCAUAGCGGUUCCUCCCCCUCCACCUCCACCACCUCCACCACCACCAGGGGAACUGGGGGUGGGCAAAGGGGCUCCUCCACCACCACCACCAGGGGGACCAUGGAUGGGCAUAGCGGUUCCUCCCCCUCCACCACCACCACCUCCACCACCACCAGGGGGACCACGGAUGGGCAUAGCGGUUCCUCCCCCUCCACCUCCACCACCUCCACCACCACCAGGGGAACUGGGGGUGGGCAAAGGGGCUCCUCCACCACCACCACCAGGGGGACCAUGGAUGGGCAUAGCGGUUCCUCCUUCUCCACCUCCACCACCACCAGGGGAACUGGGGGUGGGCAAAGGGGCUUUAUUAGGGGGUGUUUAUUAAGAAGAAAAAAAGGAAAGGUAAGCCAGAUGGAUGUCGGCUUGUUAUUCAAAAAAAAAAGUGAAAGGGAGUAGACAAAAAAAGGCAAAGAAAGAAGAAAGCAAAGGAAAACAAAAAAAAGGCAAAGAAAAGAAAAAUUAAGAGCACAAAACUAAAGCUGAAGAAUCACACAUUCUGGCGGGAUCCUAUGAUGUAUGCAGAACUGGUAUAGAAAUAGGGGGAAGGAAGAACAGAAAAAAAAAAGAAAAACAGAGAACGUAAACAGCGAACACGUGCACAACUGAAGGCAUUACGCCUUUGAAAACUGAGUGCAAAAGGAACAAAAUGCAUUGAAUCCUCGGUGUUUGACCCGAAAUGCGCGCAAUAUAAUGAAUAUGGUCAAUGAAAUGGAGCAGCGGGAGUUGAACCCGCUCCCAACGGAUAUGCGUUCCGAAGAUCCUACCGUUACACCUCACUGGCAGCUGCUGGUACCUUUUCGACUGCUUCGUUUCAUUGAUCUGAUUGCUUUGGGCGAAAUUCAGGCUAUGUGUUGUGUCAUCCUCUGUGUUUCUUCGCCUCACCUUCUACUGUGAUAAUGAGUAUGGUGGGCGGACACAUAUUUUACAAAUUGCAAGAUGCAUUUUUGGGGUUGGUGCCUCUUCGCCCUUUUGACCCGGGCGCGCCGAGCCCCAAAGGUUGGUGUCAGUCUCUUAAGCGUGAACCGCAUGGCCCGAAAAGCGUCCGAAUUCUUCCCGAAUCGAAUUCGGGACCGAACUUUUUUCGGAGAACAGAAUUCCGUGCCGAAUUCGGCGCCCGAUCUGGCCAAGCCAGAUUUCUCCUCCGAAAUGGGAAGUGACGCCAACCGAAAAAGUAGAAGCAUCCAAUGGCUAUUCAGCCGGAAGGAGAACCAUAGCAACGAUGACGUAGCAAUCGGGUUUACUGUUGCCGUGUGUGCGACUUCUACACCUAUGAAUAUAGGGGUUAUCUCAUUGACCUGGAUGGUUGAAAGGCGAUGUUCCCCAAGGCCAGAAGACUUCGGCCGAAAUUCGGGGUGCAUUUCGGUAGCAUGCGGUGACGCACUACUUCUCUUUGAACAAUACGGUCAUACGGUACUGUGGUGCUGUCAACCGACAUCGUCGUUUCGUCGAGACGCUGCCACUGCCACUAUUCUCUAACUGCCCCCGAAAGAAUGCUAUUUCGAAACUUUGCCAACCAAUCGCGGAGCGCGCAAUGUCCUUCAGCCCAUGGGUAUCUGAUGCCUGAUGCAGAAAUACUACGUGGUUAUGACCAGGGGCGGAUCCAGACUCGCGGUAUGGGGGGGGGGGGGGCGGUUUCUUUGUCGGAGCGCGUAGUGGAGGAGGGGAAGAGGGAAAUCUAAUGUAUAAACUGGGGUGUUUUUUUGGGGGGAGGGAGGGGCGAUCGCCCUAGCGCACCCCCCUCCCCUUCGAUCCGCCACUGGUUAUGACGUGGAAAAUACAUUUUUUUUAGAGCCGCGAAGACGGGGGGCUGUGGAGUGGAGGCCUGCUUGAGCCGAGCCGUUGUCCCGUCGUCAGUUGCGACUCGUCUCUGGAUUCUGGAAAUGUUGAGACGUGUAUCGGAUCUUCUCCGAGAGUUACGCGAACGGCUGAGUUUGUGUAUCAUCAUUACUAUUAUAAGGUAGAAGAGGGGCGCGGACAAUUGCUCACCGGACAAUUGCUCACCGGACAGUUGCUCACCGGACAACUGCUCACCGGACAAUUGCUCACCAAAAACUGCUGAGGCCGGACAAUUGCUCACCGCCUCUUUCACCGCACUUAUAUUGUGAUUUUAUUUCGCGUUUCUGGCGCUUGACUUUUUUAUGUUAGCUGAACUUCUUUUUUAGCUGUGUAAGUUGCUUCAAAUAUAUCUAGGAAUCCACAAGUGAAGAGGGUGAGGCGAGAGGUCGUCCACUUGAAUCAUCUUUGUCAGGACCUGCGUCCAUGGGGCGUUCCUAGAUGAUUAUUUCCCAGGGGGGGGGGGGGGGCGGCAGCAAAGUGCUUCCAGGGGGGCAAAGCGUGCAACCACGUCACCUCCUUCCCUGGAGACGGACGCUGCGGACUGUGCGGGUGUUCACAGGUUCAUAUUAUGAUGACUCUGAGAAAAUAAUCAUGACCUAUGAAUAAAGAGUGCGCAAUUUUACAAAGUGACCUUGUCUCCUGUUAGGCUUAGUAGGGCGGAGACAACUGAACAGUACGGUGGUCAGUUUAUUAUUAGGUUUGUCCAAGUUCAGUGUUUGCACCGCUAUGUCCAGGUUAGUCUAAGUUCGCUGUUGGCAGUUUCCCGCGCGCAACUAUGCAUUGUAUAGCCAGAUAACAUUUAUUUACAGUAGUUUGUUUUGAAAUGAGGAUUUCGAUCACUUUAUUUCGAGGUACACCCAAGUUCAACUAACAAAUAAAAAGUCAAGUCUAUGAGCACCAUAAACGAUAAAUAAAAUCACAUCACAUAAAACCGCGAAAUAAAGUUACAUAUAAGUGCGGUGAAAGAGGCGGUGAGCAAUUGUCCGGCUUCAGCGGUUCUGUGGUGAGCAAUUAUCCAGUGAGCAAUUGUCCGGUGAGCAACUGUCCGGUGAGCAAUUGUCCUGGAUCCGGUAGAAGAAGUGGAGGACAGAAGAAUAGAGAAGAGAACGAAGAUGGAAGGUUUUUGAGGUUCAAAUAGCCAAGAAUAAAGAGCAACUGUUACAAUUGG